CUUGUGCCGGUGGGGUGGAAACGCCACUCAACAAACCGUUGAAUAUUCUAGGAACCGCCAAUAGACUCAAAUACCUUCAUUACCCAGCUACUCAGAUUUGUCAGUGUAACUCCACUAGCUAGAAAGCAAGCCACGUCUCAUUACAAAAUGGGAGAUCGAGAGGAUUUAGUUUAUCAGGCAAAACUUGCCGAGCAAGCGGAGAGAUAUGACGAAAUGGUAGAGUCCAUGAAGAAAGUGGCUGGCAUGGAUGUUGAGCUUACUGUAGAGGAGAGGAACCUACUAUCAGUGGCCUACAAGAAUGUGAUUGGAGCCCGGAGAGCAUCCUGGAGAAUAAUCAGCAGUAUCGAACAGAGGGAAGAAAGCAAGAGCGGGGAAGAUAAACUGAAAAUGAUCAGGGAGUACAGGCAAACGGUUGAGAAUGAGCUGAAGUCAAUCUGUAACGACAUUCUCGAUGUACUGGACAAGCACCUAAUCCCAGCCUCCAACACAGGAGAGUCCAAGGUCUUCUACUACAAAAUGAAGGGAGAUUACCACAGGUACCUGGCAGAGUUUGCCACAGGCAAUGACAGGAAGGAGGCUGCUGAGAACAGUCUUGUGGCGUACAAAGCUGCUAGCGACAUCGCGAUGAUUGAACUCCCACCAACGCACCCCAUCCGCCUUGGCUUAGCCCUUAAUUUCUCUGUGUUUUACUAUGAAAUCCUCAAUUCACCAGACCGCGCAUGCAGGUUGGCGAAGGCUGCGUUUGACGACGCUAUUGCAGAACUGGACACACUGAGUGAAGAGAGCUACAAGGACUCCACACUGAUCAUGCAGCUGUUACGUGACAACCUGACACUAUGGACUUCAGACAUGCAGGGGGAUGAGUCCUAAGGAACGAAUACGAGUAUUAAAAUGUAAUUAGUGAAGAACAGAACAAAGAGGCAUUGCAGGAUGCGGAGGAAGAGACCCAGUGAAACAUCACCGCCAACUAGACACCCCUCCUCCCCCUCCCCCCCUCGGUGAGAGUCAGCACCACACCCAUCAGGCAGUGCCUCCUCUCCUCUGCCACUCCAGGCCUCAGGGGUCAGCGAGUUUCACCGUUUCUUCCUCUUUUUUUUUUUUUUUUUUUUUGUUUUGUUUUGUUUUUUAGUCCUUUAAUUCAAUUCAAAUAUGAAUACCACUUAAUUGACAUAAAAAUACAAUAUUGGAAAGGCAAUGAAAAGAAAUGUCCCUCGAUUAUUCUUGUUUUUGUUCCUGGUACAAGCGGUUCUGAAAUGUUUAUCUUGGUUUUCAUUAUUGUAAUGUUUCUAUGUUAUGCUUUUCUUCAAUAUUUUUAUCAGUUGCUGGAUGUAUUUUGAGAAUUUUUCUUAAUGUAAUUACAGAAAUUAACUUUUAUUACUGAUGUCUGCUAUUAGUUGUUGGAGCUGUUAUAUCUGUGUGUUAGUAAAACAUUUGAUGCAAAUCAUUUGACCUUUAAGGGCCAGUGAAAACUAAGUGCCCUUUUGUUAAUUUUAGUUUUGCAGAGGACGUUGGCAAAAUUCUGGAUAUCCAUGUUGAGCAAAGCGUUGAACUAUUACACCUUAGUGGUUCUGUUGUCAUGUUUCUGUCAUGUUCUGGACUGUACUGUGCUGAAAUACUGUAUUCACACUCACUAAUUAGAGAUGGUGUCUGCUAGCAAGCAGUUUCACAAAUCCUUAUUAAAACAAACAGACCAGAUGCAAUUUGACCUAUGUUGAUAUAAAAUGGAUCUCUGAAAUAGAAGAUCCAAAUGCCUGCAUGAGUUAAUGUUUCUUUCUCCCUCUAAGAAGCUCUAGGCUUAUGUUCCCUUUUGCUGUUUCUCUAUUCCUCCAUGAUGUGUAACCUCAAGCUAAUUUGUACUACUGGAUAUCUGACUGGAGCCACAGAUGGAUAAUCUGUAUUGUUCUUACUGAAACACAGCAUGGAAUUAACAUUAAACAAUCUAAAUUAAA